UAUUCACAAAAAUGGCCGCCAUAUUUUGAUAUGAUUCCAACUGUAGCAGAUAACCUUAAAAAUUAUCUUAAAUAUAUACAACUUGAAAUAAAACAAACACAGAAGAAGAAGGAUUAUAUAUGCUACCAAGGGCAUGAAUAUUUGACCCAUACAAGUGGGAAAAAGGCCGUUUACCUUACGUGUCGCAAAAGAUGUGGUGGUAGGGCCAAAUUAAUGAUUGGCCUCGAUUUAAUUAUCACCAUUCAACAUUCCUUAGACUAUCAAAACUUAGUAGCUGCACAAACUUCUAAUGCUAAUCAUGCCCCUCAAACUUCUGGAUUUGCCAUAGCCUUUCAAACUUUUAUCUCAAAUCAAAAUAAUUCAGGUGCUUAUCAUGUUAUUAAUUCAGAUGUUGGAAUUGAAAGUAAUGGUGAUCUCCCUUUAGAAGUAGCCAAUGUGUUAAUAGAUUUACAUCUAAAUAUUAGUGAUCCACAAUUUAUAAAAUCUCAAAAAGGAAAACUGCUUCUCUUUUUCCAAAAUUAUAUAUAUCGAUAUGCUUAUCAAAAAGAUGAUAGAAUACACUAUCGUUGCAGAAAGGUUGGCUGCAAGGCUUCAUGUAAAUUUGAUGGAAUUUACACAACCUCUGGUUUGCAUGAACACCAAAAUGAAAUCGGUCAGUUUGAAAAACUGAGAACUCACAAGGUUCUAGAGGAUAUUGUUGCCGAAAAUCCUCUAGAGACAAGGCACAAUAUUUAUGAAAAGGCCUUGAAUAAAAGAUGCCUGGAAACGCCCUCCAUCGAAAUGUAUCCAGAGGCAAUGCCCUCAUUUGUUUCAAUUAAGAGUACAAUUGACAGAUUGUUACAAAAAAAUCGGCCCACUUUGCCUCAGUCUUUGGAUGAACUAGUAUUAUUACCAGAAUACAUCACCACAAAUAAGGGGGAGAUUUUUUUAAUUAAUAAUGAUAAUAAUAAUAAUAUGCUGGUGUUUGGUACAUGUGAAAUGCUAAAACUUGUAGAAAUAUGUGAUGGUGAUAGCAUUUACAUGGACGGCACCUUUUAUAUCGUUCCUCGACUGUACUGUCAAUUGUAUAGUAUCCAUAUAAUGUAUCAAGAAGUUAUGAUACUGAUUAUAUAUGCCCUCCUCCCCGAUAAAAAUAGAGGGACAUAUAUUGAAUUAUUUCAAAUUAUCUUGCAAUUUUGCUCGAUGAAAAAUAUAUGAUUCAAUCCUCGAUUUGGACAAACUGAAUACGAGGCCGCAGCUAUAUCGGCGCUUAGGUUUGUUUUUCCUAAUAUGUCCAUAAAAUGUUUAUUUAUAACAUUGUAUAUUAUAAUUAAAAAAAUUUAGGCUGUUUUUUUCACUAUUCCCAGGCUCUUUGGCGUAAAUGUCAGGCGCUGGGUUUAGUUAGCGGUUAUUUGCACAAUACUACCAUUCAUCAAGUUGUUAGACGAAUGACCACCUUGCCAUUUUGCAAAGAAGAACAUAUUUCCGAGGUACGGGCAUCAUGCCAUGCUCUGUCUGCUGAAUAUCCUUUGCUCAAAAAUUUUAUGGAGUAUAUGGAUUUUACAUGGCUCGGAGUUAAUGCCAUAUUCCCCCGAAAUAUAUGGACCAGGUAUCAAGUUGACGGCCCUAGAACAAACAACCACCUGGAGGGGUAUUAUCAUGCCCUUAAGAGAAAAACAAACGUGGCUCACCCGAAUAUUUAUUGUCUGAUAAAUAUUUUAAAAAGACAUCAACAUUCGAGUGAGCUUAAGAUCUUACAAAUCAAUAGUGGGUUGAACGUGAGAAGAAAAAAUAAAAAAUAUGAUCAAUUAAAUAUUAACAUUGAUAAUCUAACUCGUAUAUACGAGCGUACAAAUGAAAUAUAUCCUUUUUUAGAUAAUGUUUCAUAUUUUAUAAAACAACAAUCAUAACCCGUAUUUAUUUAUAUUUCUUUUAUAUAUUUACAUUUUUAUUAUUC